CCUGGUGAGUGACAUACGAGGUCGGACCGACCUUGACCCUGCGGGUUCGGACGACUUCCUGUUGGCAUCCCCUCGGUCACGUGACUCUGACUCACAGCCGGCUAAGAUGACCUACAAGACGCUGAUUGAAACCAGUCGACCAAAAUCAAAGACAAAGAAGUUCCAUUUCAAGAGUCCGGAGCAUGAGGCCCAGAAAAUCGUAGCCAGCAUGCCGACCCUUGACAAGAGACCAGUGGAGGAGUUGAUAGCCAGCCUGCCUGACCGACCACUUCAAACACCAUCAGAAGAGUCGGAGCAUCCAAUGUCCAGAAUGUCAGACACCAAAUCCCCGGUUUCAGGGAUUUCCAAGGAGACGAUAUCCAUACAGAAGGUGGUGCUCAAGCGUUCCUCGUCACUUCCAGAGAUCUUUGCAGGAGAGAACCUCAUGGAGGAGCUCGGCAUUGACCCAGAUAUCCGGGUGGACAAGUUGGACCAACAGGAAGUGGAGCUGCUCAAGAAGGACAACGCCCGUAGCAACCAGGCCAAGAUUGACCCCUCAAGCAUGGCCCCCCAGCAAGGGACACGUGGGUUCAUCGCUAAUGACCUCCAGCGCCUGAUGAAGAAGGGUGAGGAAGAAGUGAAGACUGAUGAAGAUAUGCCGCCUUUGUUACAGGCCAUCACUCGCCAUUCCAAACACGAUGGUUUGAAGGCUAGACUGGAGAAGAAAAUGAAAGAACUCGAGGAAAAACAGCAAAAAGAACAUGAACAGAGAAGCAUCCCGUUGCGAGCCCCCAAACAUCCCCAGCCAGCCACAGUGAAGACAAAACUGCCGAACAAGAUGGAGGUGCGUACGUCGGAUAUUCGCGUGUCAGAGAGGGUGUGCAUAUCCUCCAUCACUCUCGAUAGAUACGCCACUGUCUACAAUGACCUCAUCGAUGAGAUUGAUGCCUCCACCGUGAAGCAGUUGGACCGUAACCUGUUCCUGGGAGAUGAGAUACGGGAGGUGUACCAGGAGAUCAUGCGCACCAUCUCCACACAGCACCUGGAGCUGGAUGAUGAUGACAGGGUGGUGCCAGCAGCUGACUCUGUGAACAUGACGGGAACAAUGGCGUCUGCCUCACUGGUGCGCAGGCGGACUGAUCGUGUCAUUAACCCAGCCUUCGCACAGAACCAGGCCAAGCCCCCUUGGGGAGAGAUGGACCCAAAACAGUGGGUCAGAACGCCAAACAAUCCUCCAAAGAAUUUCCAGGGAGAUGAUGUGUUUUCCUCAAUUAACUGGAUAGACUGGCCAAAAAUAAAGGUGGGUUUAGAGGAAACACUGAAGCUGACCCCCAACAUGGACAAAGUUCACGAGGUAUUGCGCAAUCCCUCCAAGAUGUCCCAGCUGGUGACGGCCACUGAGGAGUUCCCGUCCUACGUGCAGGACAAGGUGGCGCGCACGUACGCCUCGUGGCUCCAGUGGUGGAAGUCCACCAUCACCAGCGAUGACUAUCUCAAGUAUCUCUCAACUCAGGAGACAGACUACAUGGGGGCGGUGUUCCACUUCUACGACUCUGGUGAUGAAGAUGAGGACGAGGAGGAUCAGGUUGCGCCGACUGGCCUGCCAGCCACCCUUGGCACCACCACGGUCCACCAUGUGACACACAAACCCUCAGCCAGCCGCGCCACUCACUCCAGCAAACAGUCCAUACACAAAGAGAAAGAGAAGAAGCUUGAGGAGAUGAAGGCAGCCAAGGCCGAGUACCAGGAGGGCUUCUGGAAUGUCAACUCUGUACUCAUGGGCGGGCUGGGCAGGGAGCCAGUGAUUGAAGAGGAGGAUGAGGAUAGUUCCAGCAAGGCGCCCAAGUCUGCUGACACUCAGCGCUCAGCCAAGACCCUGAAGGAACGGGCAGCAGCAAGGCAGUCUGCUAAAAUGGAGAAGUCUCGGCAGGACAUCACAGUGUCACGUGCCUCUAAGGUGACCACAUUGACGACCAUCAGCAAGAUAGAAACAGACAGAUCUUCAGUGCAGAGUGAGGCUGGUGAGGCCCCGUUGACCCCCCAGGACCGAUUGGAGCAGGUCUGGAACAACCUUGAGAUGCCAGACAGCCUCAAGCUUGACAUGGCCAUCAAAUACAGCUGCAACGAGUUCUUCAGUAAACUUGCAGAGGCGAUUGAACGCUGGGAGAAGGUGACUCAAAUGAUCCUCCGUAGGGAAGAGCUUCUUGUGAAACUCGAGAAGUUUGAACGCACCGCUUCAGAUCCCAACAGAUUCUUUGAAAAAGGCCAGAAGCGAAGUUCAGUUCAAAGAUUAAAAGAAGCACAGCAACGAAGCUACAUUUAUAAGAGGAUAGAUGCUAUAGAUACUGACAUUAAACAGGAGCUGGAUUUCAUCAGGAAGAACUUUAAGGAUGUUAUAACAUACAAGGGUCGCCCGUACCAAGACAAGAUGAAGUGGGACCGUAUAGAGAUGCUGCACUGGCUUACAGAGGAGCGCAAGCAGAAUGCCCUCCAGUACGAGGCCAUCUUGAAGCAGGUGCCACUCAAGCCUGCACAGCUCGAGCCAAUACCCAUGGCCUUGCCUGCUCCACAGAAAGUCAUGUAGAUUCAGGGGCUUGUAUUCACAAAGCUUGGCAGGACACUAGUUGUUAAAAGUUCAUUAGGAAAAUUGUAUGGUUAUUUGAGAGCAAAUUGAAUUUGUUAUAUAAAAUCCAAUGCUUUCUGGUUACAAAAUGAUAAAAUAUAAGCAAUGUUAACAAUAAGAACAUGUUUUAGAUAUUUUAAUGUUCAAAGUUUUAUACGAAAAUAAGCCAGAAAAUUUAGGUAUGAGUUUAAGGAUUAUCCGUAAAAUUUCCCCCAGGGACUUUGUGAAUACUGAAGCAGGUCUUUUACUUACCUACUUACACAUUUAUUGGACUUAGCGCUGUGUACUGCACACAAUUGAUUUUUUUAACCAGUGGAACUUUAUUAAUUGAUGAGAAUAUUUGUUUGUUGGAAUAUAUUUAAUGAUUCAAAAAUACUUCUAUGGAUGACUUCAAACUGAUAUUAAUUAUUAAGUGAGAAAUUUCUAAUGAAUGCCAGAGGAAUUUGAUGUCUGAUAUGAGCCCCACUCUGGCACAUGGGGCAGUCAACGCAGGCUAAUCAGGGAUGACAUGUGCCAUCCGCACUGGAUUUUCAUUUACAAGCAACCUAUUUUAACUCUUUCAGUGCGGGAACCGAAUUUUGAAGGCCUUUGCAAACAGUUUGGAUCCAGAUGAGACGCCACAGAACGUGGCGUCUCAUCUGGAUCCAAACUGUUUGCUAUUCUGACAGUAUUCUUUGAAAAAAUCGAAGAAAAUGCUAAUUUUAGAAAUUUAGCAGACUAUAUUUUAGCAGACGACAAAUUUCCCAGCAUGCAAAGGGUUAAAAAAAAAAAUCUGUAAAUACAGAAAGUGUCAUCCAUGAUUAGCCUGUGUGUAACACUCAGGCUAAAUCUGGGACAACACAUAACGCAAUUGCAUUAAGACCAUGUUUCCAGCGCAAGGCUCAUAAAAGUAGCUUUGUGCCCUUGUAACUUGGUAGUGAUCUGACAGAUAUUGAAACUUUUACCUUAGGUUCAAGUUUCUAUAUUGAGAAUUUGUUUUUGUAAGUGUUGUUUUUGUUUUAUUUGUAUUUUUAUGGCAUUUUCAAAUGAUCAUAUGUUGAAGUAUGUUUUGUGGUGUGCUUUAUUUUCAUCUUCAAUAAAAAUGAACCCAAUACUGAUAAUUUUGGAAUGAAAAGAAACUGUCAUUAUGUGAUAUUGUCCUUUUGUAAGUCUCUGUGAUAACCAUGUGAUACAAAACUUCCGUCCAUGCUUUUAAUAUUGACUUGAUUUUAUUAUUCACCUGCAACAUUUUGCUGCAUUUUUAAAUGCUGAAUGACAUUAGAUGAUUGCUAAACAAGGAAUAUUUGCUGCGACCAACUUUGGCUGAUUUGUGCCCUUUGUCAUUUCUAAUGUGGAAUAUAUAGUGAAUGUGUCUGUGCCCAAACAUAAUACUGUUAGGGCAUCAGUGCCUGUGACACAUUUCUUGUUUUUGCUAGUGACAUAUCAGUGUGCUCCAAUUUAAUUUAUCAAUAGUUUUCUCACAUUAUACAUGUAACUGCUGACUAAUUUAUUUCAAAAUAGUUUCAUUAUAAAGGGCUUUUUGUGAUAUGUUUUGCUUUAUUAAGAAGAAUAAAGAACUAAUUUGUGAA